CAAAGACUCCACACGACGAUCCUCUUUUUCUCUCCGCAUGACCUCCCGAAACCUUCGGAUCCAAGGAAUUUGGAGGCGGCAUCUCACCACAGUCCGCAUGCUGAAGCAUCAGCCUGUUAACACUUGUAUCUUGAUGAGAGACUUGGGUGCCAGCGAGAUAUCCUGCCAUCACCAUGCUCUCGCCGACAACCACCGGCGACUCAACAACGGUCACGGCGCCUCUCGAAGACCCCGAGACCUCCGGCUCCGGCUUGCACUCUCAGUCUGAAUCUCAGACUCAGGCUCAGUCUCACUCUCACUCUCAUCCUCAAUCUCACUCCUACUCUCACUCCCAUUCUCACCUCACACCGGGGACGCCAGCGCCCUCAACCUGGGGCCUUGGCGCCCCGACGCCCUCGCAGCACCUCUCCUCCGAGGCCUCGACGUCGCCGGCCGAGUCGUGGCGGCUGGACGAGUUCGUCACGGACCCCGGCUACCUGGCCUACCAGGAGGAGCUGCGAUGCCUCAUCUUCAACACGGCCCAGACGGCCGCCCCGACGCGGGAGGGAACGCCCGAGGCCGCCGAAGGGGGGUUCUCGGCCGGCGGCUUCGCGGCCCCGGGGACCAUUUUGGGCGACGAGGGCACCGCGCGGCGGCAGGCCGGCCAGAUCCUCGGUACUGGCCGGAGGCUGGAGUAUCUCAAGAACUACGUCGGCGAGGUUGCGCCCUGGCUCGACAUGUUCGACAGUGACCGCGCGUUCGGCAUACAAGUGCCCGUCCUAGCCCGCGGCUCGCCGGCGCUCCUCUACGCCGUCCUCGCCCUCUCGGCGCGCCAGAUGGAGCGCAAGGAGGCGGGCAAGCAGACCUCCUUCGACAGCCUCGAGCUGUACCAGGAGGCCAUCCGGCUCCUGACGCCGCUGCUGCAGUCCCGCGACCAGAAAAUUAUCCCCAUCUGCACGAUCCUGUGCUGCCUCGAGAUGAUGUCGGCCAGCGCGCAGGACUGGCGGAAGCACCUCGAGGGGUGCGCCGCGCUGUUCGACUCGUUCUACGUCCACGGCUUCAGCGGCGGGCUGUUGCAGGCCGUGUUUUGGUGUUAUGCCAGGAUGGAUCUCUGCGGCGCCCUCAUCUCGGACGGCACCGAGAGCACCCUCCUCACGCCUUCCAAGUGGCUACCGAGCGGCGCCUCCCACAACGAGGCCCGCGAGCUCUUCGGCCAGUCCGGCACCCCGGACAUGCACGCCAACUACGCCGUCUACCUCUGCGCCAAGGUCUGCGAGCUCGUGGCCGACAGGACGCGCCACUUCGAACUCGGCGACCCCGACGGCAGCAGCCCCGAGGAGCUGACGGACCGCUGGGUCCGGCUCUGGGAGGACCUCCAGGCGUGGACGAGGGACCGGCCCCCGGAGCUGCUGCCCGUCCAGAGCAUCCCGGGCAGCCCGUUCCCGCAGAUCCUCUUCCUGCACUGGGCGGCCAUCUCGUCGAACCAGCUGUACCACACGGCCUGCACGCUGCUCCUCGGAUCGAUGCCGCGGCCGCCGCUUCCCCUGAACCUCAAGCUGGGUGGCGGCGGCGGAGGCGGCGUCACGGCGGGCUCGGCCGUCUGGCACGCCAAGCGCAUCUGCGGCAUCUCGCUCGCGAACCCGCACCAGGGCUGCCUCAACAACGCCAUCCAGCCACUUUGGGUUGCCGGCCGGCUGCUGAGCCACCGGUCGGAGCACGCGCUGCUGGUGCGGCUCAUCCGCAGCAUCGAGGCCGUCACGGGAUGGGGCACCUGUUGGAGGAUCGACGACCUCGAGGCCGCCUGGGGGUACAAAGUCCGCAAGGAGCUGAGGGCCGGGUGAUGAUGGUCUACAUACACGCCUAUCUGUAUAUAUAUCGUCUUUGGGUCCCACUGAUUAUCGUCUUCCACGACACACACACAC